UUUUUUUGGGUGACAGUUUAUUACAAAAAUUCUCAUAGGCAACUUCAGCAGAAAUGCAGACUCACAGAAAGUUCACUUAAACUGUUCAACAACACAGAGCAAGUGUGAACACAUCUCUCACCCUGGAACUGAGCCAGAAGAGCUUUCUCAUGAAAAAUGAACACUUUUCCAGGUAGAUCUUAAAUGUUGCUAUUACCUUUACGCAAUAACUUAUCUCCAGUCAUCAGAUUAAAAGCGUGUUUCAGGAAGGCGUUCCCAAUCGUGUCUUUUUCAUUCAGUAACCAUUUGUUCCUUGAAGAAAUUAUUUUAAAACUUAAAUAUUCCACUCCACCUUCUUUUUUCGUUUUGUUUUUAGCUUUACAAGAAUAUUAUAUGAUGAUGACAAAAUCAUGCAGUCUAUCUGACUUUACAGACACUGCUCUGGGCAUUUCUGCUGAGACAAAACAGCCUUUCAUAUGUAAAGCUGUAACGUGUAACCAAACAUUGCAGCUUUUCUGAUUUUAGGGACAAAAAUCUAAAUGUUCUACAGUUUUUUUCCCCCCUAAACCGUUUCUCCCAAAUGUGUUUCUCUUUCUGUUUCGCAUGUAUGCCAGUACUUUCUUACAGUUCAUUGAGAGGUAACAGAAACACAUUCACACAGAUUCAUUUUCACUUCUCCUGAAACUAAAGUGAAGUGCUCUAUUUAUAUCACCAGCAAUGAAACCUGACUGAAUGCCAUCAGUAAGUAGUUAGUGAGUAACGCUUAUUCAUAAAGAACCUUUCACAGACAAGCGGUCUGAACACACUUUACAUUAAAUAAAUGGAAAUAAAUAAAAUACCAUAAACACAGUAAAAACCCCAACUUCAGAUACAGAAUAAAAUCAAAUAUGUCAGUAUUUUUAUGUUGUCAAACAAAAGUGAUUUUUCUUUGUUUGUUCUCUGCCAUAAUUUUUGUGACACCGAGACCAGAAAUCUCCAUGCACACUCUUAACUGAGCAUUACAGCCUAUAUAUAAAGGGCCAAUGACUCUUACAAAUAAGUGCAGAAUGGUCUUAAACAUGAAGUCAAAUGGAUCAUAGUACUAAUGCUAAAUCUUUUAUCCAGUGUAUAUUCAUUAAAAUCUGUAACGUCCAAAAACAAAUGACUGUUAUUACAUAUGUUUCUUUGAUAAAUCCAGAUUAUUCAUCUAUAAUAAAACAGAAUUGUAAAUUUCACCUCUUAGCAAAAAUGGGUACAAAUAUUUUGGUUUCAUUUCUUAAAGACUGGCUGCUCUCAAGCUUUAUUAAUUUAUGCAUUUUUGGUUUGCAGACAUUGGAGGGCUCCGGCCCAGCCCACCAACUGUCUCCCUCUCUCUGACUCUUAAGUGUUAGUGUCGUAACUUUCAGCUUCAUCUAACAUCAAAGUUCAUUACAGAUAGUUUCAUCUGAAGCUCAGAUUCUGAUUUUAAUACAGAAACACAGAAAUGUUUGCUGGAACUGCGUCACUCUGCUCCACUUUGCUGUUUCUCAGCGUCUUCAUGUUUGUCUCUUCAGAUCAGAAAAUCAUCACAGCUGAUAUUGGAGACAGUGUCAUUCUGCCAUGUCGAGUUACAAACAAGAUCACAGCUGUAAAGUGGAUCAAACACUACCUGGGAGAGAAAAUUGUCUUUUUGUACCAGGAUAAUAAAGUUGAUUCAGAUAACCAGAAUUCAUUUUAUAAGAACCGGGUGGAUCUGCAGGACAGACAUAUGAAGGAUGGAGACGUGUCUAUAAUUCUGAAGGAUGUGACGAUUUAUGAUAAUGGAACAUACCACUGUCAUGUUAAAGUAGCAGGAACAAACUCAUGGAAAUACAUCAGCUACAUCUACCUUCAUGUUGUUCCUCCAGGUCGAUCAGGAGGACUGGGUGGAUCUAUUGGACUGAUUGUAGGUGUGGUAGUUGCUGUUAUGGUUGUUUCUCUUUGUCUUUCUUUCUGUUUCUGUACAGCUCUGAGAAAUAUUGUCACACGCUAUCUUCAGACCAGAGCACAACCGCGAGUCAUAUGAUCUAAACAGACAAAAUUUAAGGUUGUACUUUUGUUUCCUUUGCCUGUGUGAAAGACACUGAGAUCAUUUUGUGAGUAAUGUGAUACAGUUUAUUAAAACAGUAUGUCUGUAUGUGGUUUUGCUAAUAGUUAAUCUUGCUUAAUUACAAUCAAAAUAUGCUCAAGAAUAAACCUGAUAAAAAGAAUGAAUAAAAAUGUAGUUUGAGUUGUGUUAUUAUUUUAAUGCCAUGUUUUGUUUUUCUGGGUUGGUCUGAUUCUCCUUCAGCCUUGGCAGAUUAGUCUCAGUAUGUGACUGGGGAAGAAUAUGAGACAGAUGAAAGUGUGGCAGCUUCUGGCACAUUCAAAAUAUGGAAUAUGUCAUUUUGCUAAUAGCUGGACAUGCUUAACUCGAAUCAGCAUAUACUCAGGAAUGAAUCUAAUCAGAAUGAUAAAUGAAAGGACUGAUUUUAAUGCUCAACCUUUCAUUGACAAAAAUAUGAGUUUGAACUUUGCUCCAGAUUUUCUGUGGGAGGAGACGCUCAUAAAAACACAGAAGAUUCAAGUCUAACUGAGCUAAAAGGAAAAGAUGAUGAAAUGAAGUACAGCAUAUGGAUAAGAAAAUGUAAGGGUUGUGACAUAAUGAUUAAAUGGCAUCUGAAGAUCAGAAGAUCCACAGUCGGAAAUUACACCAAGAAACAUCAGAGGAUUCUGGGACUCUGGAACCUAAUGUUAGGUUCCUGUAUCAGACUACAGACGUGGACCUGUAAGACUUCUCACAUGAAAUGAGCUACUAAUGCAACUUUUAUCAUUCUUAAUUGUCUUUCUGUACUAGAGUUUUAAAUUACUAGAGUUUUAAAUUCCUAGUUUAUUGUAAACUUCACCAGAGUCCCAGAUUUAAACCCAGUGGGUUUAAAUCAUCUCCUAGCUUGCACAGGCAUGCUCACAUUAGCGUGAAGCACAGAGCACAACACAUGCAGCAUGCUUUGUCAAAGAUUACACACUGUAUUGACAGCUUUGAGCCAUCCACCCACAUGAAUUACACCCUGAUGACAUCCAGUCACUUCCAAAGAAGUGAAAAACAAGUGAAAGCAGUCAUCACCGACAAAUUUGA